UCACUUACCUUGGCUGGCUCCCCGAAAGGGGCAGAGGCCUUUGGAGUACCCUGCCGGUCGUCGUUGGGGUUGGAAGAAGAAGCUGACAGUGCGUCCACCGCCCGAUACCGUGUGGGAUCUCAUUCGGGACGGGAACCCUGAGCAUGUGAUUUGGACCCCAUGGCUCUCUUUUAGGGGUACUUAUGCUUCGGUCAGGGAUAGUCAUGCCCUGAGCCAGAUGCGGGUCUUGUUCGUCGGCCGCCGGGACCCUGUCUGGUACCUGGGAGAGCGGGUACGUAUGCAGACGGUCGGGGCUUUUUCGGUGCCUAGGCCUCCGCCUGCGACCAUGCUGUCUACUCGUUCGAUAGGCGAGUCGUGGAGGGUCCACUCGAGGACUGGCGUGCCGGCGACGGAGUUGGUGAUAGAGGGAGCUAGCUAUCAUCAGUUUAUCCAGGAUUCUCUUCGUCUCCCGGAGCCUGGCGCUGAGUGUCCUGACCCUUCGUUGGGGGGAUGGGUGCUUCCCGAUGCUCGGAUCUCGUAUACCGGAGAGAGUGGAUCCGAGAUUGUGGAGACUUUCCCGGAAGACCGGGUUUUCCAUGCUCCGCUCCCUGAGGGAGUACAGGCGGUUCCGGCCCGUACGGCCAACGCGAUGGUGGGGGUGAUCAACCGGUUGAAGUCCGCGUUGGUUCGGGCCCGAUCUGCACUUUCUUGCAGGAGCCCCCACUCUACUCGGACGGGUGCUGGACGAGCCGGGGCCGACGACGCGGGUCCCUCGGGCGGGGGACACGGUUGUGAGAGAGAGAGGGCACGACACUCGCCCCUACGGCAUCGCCGUUCCGACGCGGGGGUGAGUUCUUCCGGGGAGAGGUCCGAGCCGGAGCGUAGGCGACGUUCUGUGUCGGUGGCCCGAGAGCCUAGCCUAGAGUUGCAGUCACAACCUCAUUUUUGGGGUGAUUCUGGCUGGGGGUCCUCGUACCACGGGGGGUGGAGUGGAUGGACCGGCGAGGCUUGGAGACAUGAAGCCGAAUCUUAGGCUUACCUCCUGUUUUGUACAUAUUCAUUCUUGUAUUCCGCAUGUUGUAGACACCUACUUUUGU